UUCCGUGUUUGGGGCUGUAGGGAGUUGUAGUCCAGACUAUUUCUACAGGCGCUGCGGGUGUGUCAUAAUAGGCAGUGGUUCGGUCAGGAACAGUCACCAAACCUUGGGGGUUGUUGGUUCUAAGAACGUUCCAAGUUCUUCAUUUCUAGGUUCGUAGGAGAAUCCGGAAGAAGUCGGAGACUCACGAACAGGUGGACGUCAAGUCGCGCAGACAGGAUGUUCAGACUCCGCUUCAUACCAGCUGUGGCCGGGCUUGCGGCCGUCUCCCGUCGCUACCAUGGAGUGGCUAAUCAUACAAGGAGUAGAAGGAGGCUUAUGAUGGCAGCCUUUGUGGGAGCUACAGCAGUGUCUGCCAGUGCUGGAUUGCUAUGGAAGAGAGCUAAUGCUGAAGCUCAGUCUUCUGUAAAACACAACAUGAGAGAAGAAAGCAGUGAAAAGGAGAAGGAACCAGAAGAUACAGAUCAGGCUGUGGAGUCAAGUGAUGAAGAGCAACAGCAAGAAGGAAAGAAGAAAAAACGUGUUGGCUUUAGGGACCGGAAGGUGAUGGAAUAUGAGAACAGAAUUCGAGCUUAUUCUACUCCAGACAAAAUCUUCAGAUACUUUGCAACUCUGAAAGUGAUUCACGAAUCAGGGGAGUCUGAAGUAUUCAUGACACCUCAAGAUUUUGUAAGGUCAAUAACACCAAAUGAGAAACAACCAGAAAAUUUGGGCUUGGAUCAGUUUAUUGUAAAGCGAUAUGAUGGCAAGGAUUUCUGGCAGACAGAGAAAAUUUCACAAGAAAGGGAGAAGUUUGCAGAUGAAGACAGCAUAUUCUACUCUUUGGGAGAGUGUGGGCUAAUUUCUUUUUCAGACUACAUUUUUCUCACCACCGUUCUUUCAACUCCUCAGCGGAACUUUGAAAUUGCCUUUAAAAUGUUUGACCUGAAUGGAGAUGGAGAAGUGGACAUGGAAGAGUUUGAACAGGUGCAAAGCAUUAUUCGAUCUCAGACCAGCAUGGGUAUGCGCCACAGAGAUCGGUCAACCACUGGAAACACCUUAAAAACUGGAUUCAGCUCUGCUCUAACUACCUAUUUUUUUGGUGCUGAUUUAAAGGGGAAGUUGACAAUCAAAAACUUUCUUGAGUUUCAGCGUAAGCUCCAGCAUGAUGUACUAAAGCUUGAAUUUGAGCGUCAGGAUCCUGUAGAUGGACGUAUCACUGAGCGCCAGUUUGGCAGCAUGCUCCUGGCAUACAGUGGGGUGCAAUCAAAGAAGCUCACUCAUAUGCUAAAACAACUAAAGAAGCGUUUCAAAGAUGCAGAGGGGCUGACAUUUGAAGAGGUGGAAAAUUUCUUUACCUUUUUGAAGAAUAUAAAUGAUGUGGACACAGCUCUGAGCUUUUACCACAUGGCCGGAGCCUCACUUGAUAAAGUUACGAUGCAGCAAGUUGCCAGGACGGUGGCAAAAGUGGAGCUGUCAGAUCAUGUAUGUGACGUAGUCUUUGCCUUGUUUGACUGUGACGGAAAUGGAGAGCUGAGUAACAAGGAAUUUAUAGCCAUCAUGAAGCAGCGGCUGAUGCGAGGACUGGAGAAGCCAAAAGACAUGGGAUUCACACGCCUGAUGAGAGCCAUGUGGAAAUGUGCCCAGGAGACGGCCUGGGACUUCGCUAUGCCAAAACAGUAACUCUCUCAGCUGGGUAGGAAAAGGAAUCCAGGGCCUUAAUAAAGCCAGACAAUAUAGGCUGUAUGCAGACUGCUCUAUCACUAAGAAUCUCAAGAUAUCCUCCCUAGAAGCAAUAUACAUGGACUAAAACCCACGUGAAUGCAGUAAAUAGUUUGCCUGCUAUGCCCAUGUUGAUGAUUGUUUCUCGGAAGAAUAAUUCCUUUGGAUUCUGUCACAGCAUUAAGUUUCACCUCUUGUCAUUAGUUCUUUACAGUCAGUGGGUUGAGUGCAAAGUGUGGGGUUAUUUCUGGGACACACUCACACACACACACGCACGCACCUCACAGCAAGGUUCUGUUUUAGUUACAAGGUAUACUCAGAGAUCAGAAUUUCCUAAAUACAUUUGAAAAUUCAAGUCGUCUAAGGUUCAUGGCAAACAUGGUGUUUCCUGCCGGUGGAGAAACAGCUGGGCCUGGCAUUCCUUUUUAUGACCAUAAUGGGCACCAGUACAUUUUCCAUUAUAUGCUUUCCAUUAUAGUCAACGGCAGAAGACAUGGCCAGGUUCAUGGCUGGAUGAAAAAGCACCACAUAUGCUAUUAGCCUAAUCUCCAUGUGUAAUAAAAGGCACUACAUUUUCCCAGGUAUGGUAAUGCAUAGCUGAACAGGCUACAAGUAAAUACUACCAGCUUUGUUGUUGCUGACCAAACGUACCCCUAUAUGUAAUAAAAGCAACUAAGUUUGUCCAAGUGCACUAACCCAUAGCAGCCAUUCAGAAGUAUAAAAUGAAACCGUAACUGCUACGUGUUGAAUAGUUGCUGUAGGUGAUUACAGCUGUAGCAUACUUUGCACUUUUUAUUACAUAACCCCACCCCCUUAGUGUGUUUUAGUACAUAAUCCCAUAGAGCUGGCCAUACAUACAGAGAUCCGCUUGUUUGGCGAGCGAUAUCAGGCAGAUCCAAUCGUGGGCCCAGCAAUCCAAUCACAAAAAGGAAAAUACGAGUGCUUGGAUCAAGGACCGUUUCAACAAACGAUCCAACAGGAUUUUUAAACCUGCCCAAUCAACAUCUGGCCAAAUUUUUGGCCAGAUAUCGAUUGGGGAAGCAUGUCUGCCCCAUACACUCGCAGUUUAUAUCACCUUUAGAAUUUAUUGACUUCAUCAAGAAAAUCCUUUCUCGUCUGUUCUGACAAAGAGAGUAUACAGCCAUUCGGGAUUAAUUUUAAAGAAUAAUGGCAAAUGAAUACAAAUCUUAUUCAGUGGGUUAUUUAUACUAGUUGAUCACCUGUAAAGCAGUUGUGGGUGGUAAAAUCAAGCUACAACUUCUUGUGAUUGCUUCAAUCCCCAGCACCAGGCCCGGACUGGCAAUCUGUGGGUUCUGGCAAAUGCCAGAGGGACUGCUAUAAGGUGCCAUAGAAAGUCACUAUUUAGUGGGCUGGUGGGGGCUGUUUGGGCCUCAGUAUGGGCUGAUUGGGCCUCUGUGUACCUGAAAUGCCAGGGCCUAUUUUAAUUCUCAGUCCGGACCUGCCCAGCACUCACGUCAAAGCACAUUUAGAGCAAUGAUUUACAUGUGUGUUCAGUUACAGUUAAUCACUAAUGGCUGGAUUGUUGUACACACUGUAGAUCAUCCCAUGUACAGAUUACGAAUCAUUGACAAAGGUCUCUCCAUGUUUAUUUAAUCUAUUAACAUUUAAUCAAAUGCAUGUUCUGGCCCCUCUCCCAUCAUCACCAACUCCUGUGACUGCAGCUGUGAAAUAACAUUGGCGUUUAAAAUGCAGUGGUUAGAAUUUAGCCAUGAAUGUACAUUGAAACAAAUGUGGUUACUGAUGCAGCUCAGGGCCAAUAGGAGCAACUUGAAAAGGGACCCAGAAGUCAAGGCCGUAACUGUAGGUUCUGAUUUAAAAAUGGGGAGGGAAAUGACAUUUACUUUGCAUAAAGAAAAUAUGUAUUUCAAAUCAUUUGAAUGUGUGCACGGGUGAUAGAAAUCAAUUUACAGAUGGAUCUCAUUUCUAUACAGCUAUUGGGUAUCUGGUUCAUCUUAAAAAAGGAAAUUAAACAUAGAGUAUAAAUAAAUGCAAGUUUAAAAACAUAACUUUUUUUUUUAGCCCAAUAUGCAGCUUUAUUUUGCUGUGCUGCCAUUUAAUUCAUAGGGUUUACAUUAGGUGAAAGACAAUGCUGUACAUUUGUGUUUUGCUCAUGUAAAUAAGCAAUAAAGUUAUUUUUUUGAAAACUC